GCAUUCCAAUAUUUUUUAAAAGAAGUGAGCUGUAAAAUCAGAAUGCAAACACAAAUGACCAAAAAGCCAUGAUCUAAAAUAAAUGUCAAUAAGAGAACGUGGAUAUAUUGGGAUUUUCUCUAAAGUUUUGAGGUUAAUUUAUAGGUAUCAUCCACAAGCACACAUGGUCAAACACUAAGAUGGCCUCAUCAGUCUCCUUCACCCUUUUCUUCCUCUGCUUCUCUUUCUUUCACUUCCCACUCUUUUUAUCACAAUCAAGCCAAUCAUUCCCCAAAGAAGCCCUCCCCAGCAGGUAUGGCUACCUACCAAUCAGUCCUACUUCUGCGUCUGCAAUUUUCUACGCUUUCUAUGAAGCACAAAACUCCACUUUGCCAGUCUCCCAAACCCCACUUCUCAUUUGGCUCCAAGGUGGCCCUGGCUGCUCCUCCAUGCUUGGCAACUUCUACGAGCUUGGACCAUGGCGAGUCACCCAAUCCCUCACCCUUCAGCCCAACCCUGGCUCCUGGAACAGAAUUUUUGGCCUUCUUUUUCUUGAUAGUCCCAUUGGAUCUGGCUUCAGUGUGGCCUCAACCCCAGAAGAGAUCCCAAGAGAUCAAAACGCGGUUGCCAAACACCUCUUUGCUGCUAUAACCAAAUUUCUUCAACUGGAUCCUCUUUUCAAGCAUCGCCCUGUUUAUAUUACUGGAGAAAGCUAUGCUGGCAAGUAUGUGCCUGCGAUUGGGUACUAUAUAUUGAAGAAAAAUGAAAACUUGGAGGCUUCCGAAAGAGUGAAUCUGGCCGGUGUAGCUGUCGGGGAUGGGUUAACAGACCCCGAAACUCAAGUUGUCUCUCAUGCUGUGAAUGCAUACUAUGUUGGAUUGAUCAACGAGAGACAGAAGAAUGAGUUGGAAAAAGGUCAACUGGAAGCUGUUGGGUUGAUCCAAAAGAGGAAUUGGAGUGCAGCAACAGAUGCGAGAAGCAAGGUGUUGAAAAGGUUGCAAGACAUGGCAGGGUUGGCUACUUUGUAUGACUAUACAAGGAAAGCUCCGUACGAGGAUGAUCUGGUGGAACGGUUCUUGAACAUUGCGGAGGUGAAGAAAGCACUGGGGGUGAAAGAAUCGUUUGUGUAUGAGAUAUGCAGUGAUGUUGUUGGGGAGGCAUUACAUGGUGAUGUGAUGAAAAGUGUGAAACAGAUGGUGGAAUACUUGGUGAGGAAGAGCAGGGUGUUGCUUUAUCAAGGUGAGUAUGAUUUGAGGGAUGGAGUUGUCCAAACAGAGGUUUGGGUUAAGACAAUGAAAUGGGAAGGGAUAGAAGAGUUUCUGAAUGCUGAAAGGAAGAUAUGGAAGGUUAAUGGAGAGCUUGCUGGGUAUGUUCAGUCUUGGAACUCUCUCACCAAUGUUGUCGUUUUGGGAGCUGGCCAUCUUCUUCCCACUGACCAACCUCUUCAUUCUCAAGCCAUGAUUGAAGAUUGGGUUCUCCAAAAGGCUUUGUUUGAAAACUUUCCUAAGGCAAAUGUAUCAAAAAGUGUGAAAGCUCCAAGAAUUCAUCAAGAAGGUCGUAGUGUUUAUCUUUGGUGAUUGCUUGACGAGCAAGAAUUUGUGUGCUCUUAAUGUCUGAUCAACCUGCACUUGAGGUGUCUAUUUCGUGAUCAGUUUCUAUCAAUCUUGUGAAGAUUGGAGUUGCUCUGUAGUGACUACAGGAAGAGGACGUGUUACAUUCUGGAUUUUGAGGAGUUUCACAAAGGGUUGAAGAUGGCAGGAGAGGGGACAUCUUGCUGCUGGUCUUUGUGUGUUGUAUGCCUAUAUUUUGAUUACAGGGUUAGAGAUGUGUUUUAUAUUAUUGACGUGGAGGUCUCUAUAAAAGCCUUGUUGUAAAAACCUUGAUCAUUAUAGUGCAUUUGCUUCCUGUGGUGGAAGGACACUAGAUUUAGGCUUGGCCGAACCAGUAUAAAAACCUAGUGUUUCAUUUUUCUA